AUGCGCGUCGGAAUCUUCCCCGCUUCUGGGGGGCUUGGUACCAGCACAUAUACCAAUCUUCUAUCUCAAGUUCCCAACAAUCAAGUCACGCUCAUCAACCGAUAUCCCGAGAAAGUGCCCAAGAAAUAUGUCGAAAACGGGGUCACUGUUCGCCAGGCUUCUUAUGAAUCCAGCGCUGAAGAGCUUCAAGCUGUCUUUACCGGGGUUGAUGUCCUCUUCUUGAUAUCCUUCCCCAGCUCCGUCCACCUAUACAGGACCAAAGUUCAAACGAAAGCGCUCGAUGCGGCGCAAAAAGCUGGAGUCAAGCAUAUCUUCUAUUCUUCUCUGGCCUUCGCAUCAAUCAAUGCAGAAUCUGCGAAGGCAGAAGUCAUGGCAGCGCAUCUCGACAGCGAAGCGCACCUGAAAGAACUUGCUCGUACCAAUUCAGGACUCUCAUGGACGAGUAUUCGCGAAGGACUCUACAGCGAGUCAUUUCCGGUUUAUGCUGGGUUCCAAGACUUCAAGAACCCACCGUCUACGAUCAGAAUUCCGCAAGAAGGAAAUGGGUUUGGUGUUAGCUGGGCCAAGCAAGAUGAACUGGGAGAAGCGUCUGCACGCCUAAUCGCUUCAUAUGCGAAAUCCCCAUCGGCAUUUAAAUACACCAACAAGAUUGUUACCUUGUCUGGCCCAAAGUCCUGGACAUGGGCCGAGACCGUCGAGGUUCUCUCGCGAGCAACAGGCAAGGACAUCAACAUCCAAGCAGUCAGCCUCGAGGAGUACAAAAGUCUGCCACAGAUCAAGGCGUACUUCGGUACUGAGCAGAUAAACACGUUGGACACUGCUUGGCAAGCCAUUCGGGCUGGAGAGGCAGCUGGCGUGACCACAUCAUUGGGAGAGAUUCUGGGAAGGGAUGCCGAGCCUUUUGAGAAGACUAUUGAGGAGUUUGCCAAGUAG